AAUUUUCCGUUUUCUCCCUCUCUCUCUCUCCGUCGCUCUCUUGAGUCUCCUCUCCUUUCCGUCUUUAAAUGGCAAAGAGGAAAGAGAGCGGGAACGCGUACAGCUCUCCGUUGCUUUCCUCUACUUAAGCGCCCUUCCCUCUGUCUAGGGCUUCACCUUCUCUUUCGCUCUCCCUUUCUCUCUCUCCCUCCCUCCCUCGAGAUCUGUGCCUGUUCUCCGUUUGAAAGCAGAGCUGGAAGCAGAGCAGGAAAUAGCGGUUGAGCCGGUUGAGCUUGCAGUUAUGGUUCCACCGAUUGAAACUCCGAACAAAACUCCCGAUGUUCACCAUGGUCAUCAUGCCCCUCAUCCACCUCUUAAUGAAAGGAUACUUUCGUCCAUGACCAGGAGGUCUGUUGCUGCACACCCUUGGCAUGAUCUUGAGAUAGGACCUGGAGCUCCAAAUGUGUUCAACUGUGUGGUUGAAAUAAGUAAAGGAAGCAAGGUGAAAUAUGAACUCGACAAGAGAACUGGAUUGAUCAAGGUUGACCGUGUGCUGUACUCAUCAGUUGUGUACCCGCACAACUAUGGCUUCAUUCCUCGUACUCUUUGUGAGGACAAUGAUCCCAUGGAUGUCUUGAUUAUCAUGCAGGAGCCAGUUCUUCCAGGAUGCUUUCUUCGGGCUAAAGCUAUAGGCCUGAUGCCUAUGAUUGAUCAGGGUGAGAAAGAUGACAAGAUAAUUGCUGUUUGUGCUGAUGAUCCUGAGUACCGACACUACAAUGAUAUCAAGGAGCUCCCACCACAUCGUUUGGCUGAGAUACGCCGCUUCUUUGAAGACUACAAGAAAAAUGAGAACAAGGAAGUUGCAGUUAAUGACUUUCUGCCUGCCUCUGCUGCCUAUGAAGCAAUCCAGUACUCCAUGAACCUCUAUGCGGACUACAUAGUGGAGAGCUUGAGGCGGUAGUCGUUUGUGUGAGUAAUACAUAACGAAGUCGCUUUUAUGUUGUUUUCCUUUAAUACAAAGAACCUCUCUAUCUCUUGCUGUGCUGCUGUGCAUACUUUGGCUUCACGAAUAUGUGCUAAUAUUACAACAUCUAAACGAAUUGGCUUUUAUGAUGUUUAUUACAAGUACCUUGUGAUUUUUGAUGUAAUGAAUAUCUGGAAGGAAAGGGAAAAAUCAAGUCUGGGUUUAGAGUA